AUGAGACGAGAACAGGUUCCACUAUGGGUCGCCUUGAUCUUGAAAUUUCAAGAUAAAUGCAACAUAGUUCCUCCAGACUGGCUUAAUCUAGCAUUUUUGAAGGCAAGGUAUGAAGAAGAGGUCAGACGCCCGCAACAAUUUAGUGACUUACCAUGGAAUUGGAUAGCCACACUGAAGAUCUUUCUUGCCCGAGCUGCAGACGAUUUACAAGAUCCAACCCAUGAAUUACGAUCUGUCAUUCAGGAUCUAAGAGAAAUACGGCUAGCCAAGGCUCAGAAAGGUUUGAAUGAACUAAAUGAGUCCAAUAUUCGUCUCGAUGGCUUAUCGCUCAUUGAAAUCAACGAAAUGCGACCUUUCGUCCUUAAAGUUAUGAACAAACUACGUCAACUACACGACACCAAGGCUACAGAAGGCGAAAUGAACAACGAUGACGAUGGACAGUACUCUGACGUUGAAAGCUGA